AUGUCUGCGAAUUUGGUUGCUGAGCCUGAAGUAAGUUCCUUUGAAUUUGUCAAUUCCAAGGACACGUAUCCUUAUCGUGAGAUCAAGUUAAAGCCGCCAAUUUUCAAUGAGGCAGGGGAGUCAAUAUCCCCCUCUCUAAUUAUUGGGAGAGCGAGCCACAAAAGCGAUAAGUCAGAACGACAGGAAAAGCAGGACAAUUUUCUUGUGAAUGACGCUGCUGUGAGCGCAAAUCACAUUCUUGGCUAUGUGACUCCCGUCAGCGACACCGAAAAGUCGGCAAUCUAUAUCAAAGACGUUUCCCAGCAUGGGUCUUGCUUGCUACGCUUUGGGACCUCUGAUGCUAUGAGGCUGAAAAAAAACGGGACCCGCAUUAUGUUGCGCAAUGGCGAUAUUAUCGGGCUUGUUGUUCUCGGCAAGUGCCGGGUUAACGAUCCAUUCGAGAUAUUUAGAUGCACCAAAGUGCAGUUUCAAGUGGUGACCGACUACCGAAUGAGAUUGCGUGCCGUUCGGCUCAACCGCAACGAGUAUCUGAGACUGGCUAGUGAGAAUCCUGAAAAGGACCUUUGGGAUUGGACGUUUACCGAUUUAACCAAGGACGCGGUCGCGUUUGGAGGACUCCAGGACGAGCAUCUGGGAGCUCUCCGCGACAUGUUUAGCAAGACCUUCGAGCCGCCGAUCAUCGAGUCCACGUACUUUGGUCCGGGCUAUGAGGACUUUUUCGAAGACGACUCAGACUCAGGGAGCGAGAUUGAGUGCGAAUGUGCCGAACACGGGACACGCUUCUGGGCCCAUGGUCUAUCGGACUCUGAAAGUGAGGAGACGCCUAGUGAGGAGGUUGACUCUGACCACAUUGUCGAGCUUGUGUGCGAGGAAAGCUGCAAUCUGUUCGGCAGCAACGACCAAGACUCGGACUCUGCGCCAGAGGAAGAUGCCAUUCUCAAGGAAGUGAUUGCGGAGCGUGUGGAAAUCGAGCGUGAGCCAGAAAAGGAGCCCGAGAUCAAGAUCGAGUCUGACAUGGAGGAGCGCUCGUGCAGAAAGAGAUCGAUCUCAGACGCUACUGUGAGCGUCUACGAGAUCCAAGAGCAAGAACCAGCAAGGAAGACCAAGCGGGUGCAGGCCAAGCCGUUUCUGGCUGGCCUUGCGUUUGGCUCUGCGCUGACGUUUGGUGCUCUUUCUGUGUUCGGAUCCUACAUCGAAUAA